AUGUCACCGUCAUUGCAAGAGCUGUUUGUCUCCUACAGUGGAAACAGGACAGCGGGCGAAAUAUUGACAUCGUUUGUUCUUGUUUCCUCUGGGACAUGGCUGGCUUAUCACCUGGUCAAGGUGAUCUACAAUCUGUUUUUCCACCCUCUUGCGCACAUUCCUGGACCUCUGCUAUCGAGGGCCACAUACAUACCAGAAUUCUGGUACGAUGUUGUGAGGUCAGGGCUCUACACCAAGCAGAUCCAGAAGAUGCACGAUAAAUAUGGACCAAUCGUCCGGAUCAAUCCUCACGAAGUCCACUGUGCUGAUCGUCACUUCAUUGACGAGAUAUACGCAGGGGGCAGCAGAAAGCGAGACAAGCCAAUGCAUCAAGUGCGAGGCAGUGGGGUUGCCGAAAACGCGACCUUUUCUACAACCAGCCACGACCUCCACCGCGUGCGCCGAAACGCCCUGAACAAGUUCUUUUCUCGCGCCCAAGUCUUCCGUCUUGAGCCAACCAUCCGAGAUCUGGCCGAGCGUCUCUGUGACAAGAUUCUCACGGUCGGAAAAGAGGCCCCGUUCGAUGUCACUACCGCCUUGAGCUUGUUUACCACUGAUGUCAUCACGGGCUACUGCCUCGGUGACAACUUGGGACUGGUAGCUCAGAAAGGUUGGGAGCCAAACUUCCGAGAGCCUCUGUAUGCGCAGCUGAAGUUGGUGUACUUGUUUCGUUUCAUUCCAUGGCUGAAACACGCCGGGUUUGCAAUGGCCAUGUUCACUCGCCGUCUGUCAGAAGACAUGGAGACUCUCUUCAACGUGCUUAUCGUCGACAUGCCAAAUUACGUCAAGCGUGCUCAAGCAAAUCUUGACAAGGGUGUUGACGACAGCGAGAAAACAGUUUUCGGCUCGGUUUUGCAAAACAAGGAUUUGCCGCCAGCCGAAAAGACGCUCCAGCGCCUGGUGGAAGAAGGCUUUUCCCUCUUCGUGGCAGGCACGGAAACGGUCAGCUGGGCGUUGACGGUCAUCACCUAUCAUGUCCUGACGAAGCCGGAGAUCUUGAGAAAACUAACAGAUGAGGUGAGGGAGGCUGUGAGAGCAAACAAUGGCGAAGUGCCAGACUGGAAAACGUUGGAGGGGCUUCCCUAUUUGGGUGCUGUCCUUUACGAAGGUCUGAGGUUGUCGUAUGGUCUCGCCAGCCGCAGCUCUCGCGUUGCUCCUACCGAGGACCUUUUCUAUCAAGGGACCUGGAAGCGACCGGGCGCCAACAAGGAAGAAAAGGCCCAGUACGUGAUUCCCAGGGGUUAUGCGAUCGGCAUGUCUGCCGUGAUCACUCAUCACGACGAGAGCAUUUUCCCCGACUCCCACUCCUUCAUUCCGGAACGGUGGCUCGAUGAGAAGAAUCAGCAUCGGAAGGACCUUGACCGAGCGUUGCUGAGCUUCUCCAAGGGAAGCAGAGGUUGUAUUGGUAUCAAGUGA